AUGCGCAUGUGGGAAGAGCAAGAGACAGCUACAAAAAGCAUCAUGGUGGUUUUUGAAUUUGCGCAAGCCUUCGACCUUGCCUUAACCAACACUUACUAUAGGGAAAAAGACAGUCAUUUAAUAACAUAUGAAAGUGGUACAAGGAAACAGAUAGAUUACAUGCUAAUCUCUCGUAGAAGAUUAAAAGAUGUAAUGGACUGCAAAGACAUCCCAGGAGAAGAUAUAGCCGCCCAACACAAGCUACUAGUCAUGGAUUUACACAUCACAAAUAAAUCCACUCAAAACAAGAUAAAACUGGAACCAUGCAUCAAAUGGGGCAAAUUAAAAACAAUGACAAAUGCCUUUGCAAUUAAUGCAAACAUUGAAACAAUAGAUUCCUUACAAGUCAAUGAAAAAAGGAGGACAAACCUUUCACCCAGAUUAAUAGAAACUGCUAAAUCAACACUAGGCUUGACAAGGGGAGCCUUCUGGGGGAACAGGCAACAAGAAGGCAAUAUGAUGGCCCUUAUUAAGCUUAUUGCAGAUUCUGAACCUAUACUAAAAAUGUGCUUUUCAGUCGUAGUUGAUGGCACAUACGAUGUUUCGAAAUCAGAAGCAAUAGCUUUGAUAGUAAGAUAUGUUGAAAAUAGUGAGACGCCGAAGCCUGUUGAAAGACUGAUUGACAUAUAUUGUACGGGAAAUACCACAGGUCUCGAUAUAAAGCAUAAUAUAAUAUCCAAACUUGGAUCGAUGAAUUUACCCCUUGAAUAUCUAGUUUGGCAAAGUUAUGAUGACGCCUUAAACAUGAGUGGAAGAAUCAGUGGUGUGCAAGCCUUGAUUAGAGCAGAGGCGCCAAAGGCAGCUUUUAUUUGGUAUGAACACUCCCCAUGUCAAAACCUUGUACAACCAAUAAAACAAGAAAUAAUCAUAUGCCUCAAGCAUAUGGAAAACAACAAAGCUAGGGGUCCAGAUGAUAUUCCAAUAGAAAGCCUUAAAGCACUAGGAGAUGAUGGAAUAAAUUUCUUCACAAACCCAUACAAUAAAAUACUUGGAAAUGAAGAGGUUCCUCUAAAAUGGGGGCAGAGCUAUCUAGUUCCUAUCUUCAAAAAUAAAGGGUAUCCACACAAUUGUCAAAAUUACAGGGGCAUAAAACUAAUGUCACACUCUCUAAAACUAUACGAAAAAAUAUUAGAAAAAAGAUUAAGAGACAUAAUCGAAAUAGGCGAGACUCAAUUUGGCUUUAUACCUGGAAGAUCAACAACUGAUGCUAUCCACGCAAUUAGGAUAUGUAUAUGGGCCAUACAACAAUGGUCUGUAGCACAACAGGUACAUCAGCAAGCUUCACAAUAUCCGAAGGAGUUCAUCAAGGGUCGGUUCUCAGCCCACUUCUCUUCAUUACAGUAA